UAAAAUCUACCACUUCUGAAACAACUAGAUAACCAUUUGAAACUGACCCCGUAUAUAAGACAAAUGAUGUAACCCGCCACUUCCUAAUCAAAGUUGUGUCUCCCAUACGAAAUGAUAUCGGCGCUGAUUUUGUUGGUUGCUCUCGGUAUUGCAGAGCCAUCGGUUCUCGCAGAGCAAUCUGACGACCAUCCGUGGCAGGUCGUCCACGAUGAUCAAGGUCAUCUGCAUCUGGUCAGCCUGGAUCCUUAUGCCGCGAACCUUUUCGAUCAACCGGCGCCGAAAUUUGACCCUGAGUACGACACGCGUUUCUACCUGUACACGCCUUCCAAUCCGGAGACGCCACAUCAAAUGUGGAACAAUUACGAAAGCUCGGUGAUUUACUCCGCAUUCAACGCAAGCUACCCGACGAGAUUUGUGAUCCACGGUUGGGGCGGCGAUAUCAACUCGGCGAUCAAUCGACAAAUCCGCACGGAGCUGUUCAACGUGGGCAAGUUCAACGUCAUCUUCGUCGACUGGAGCGCUGGGUAUGAUGCGUUCUAUCCGAAUUCGCGUCGGCUAGUGUACCCGGUGGGUAUUGCGACGUCCAAUUUGAUCGAUUUCCUCGUGCGGGUGAAGUAUCUCAGACGCCAGGACGUGGCGGUGAUUGGCCACAGUUUGGGUGCACAUGCCGCUGGAAAUGUUGGCAAGGGUCAGGCUGGGCGGAUUCCGGUUAUUGUCGGUUUGGAUCCUGCGUUGCCAUUCUUCGCCAUGGACUCGGUGGAUAGGAUCAAGGCCACCGAUGCGGAAUAUGUGGAGGUUAUUCACACGAACGGUGGUGUGCUCGGGUUCAUGGAACCGAUUGGAAAUGCCGAUUUCUAUCCCAACUGGGGUCGGAUCCAGCCAGGAUGUGGAGUGGACAUCGAUGGAGGCUGUGCCCAUGGGCGAGCCGUGGAAUUGUUUGUGGAGUCGAUCAGUUCGAGAGUGGGAUUGGUUGGUCGACAGUGUUCUGGCUUCCAGGAUAUCCGCAAUGGAAUUUGCACAGAGACUGGAUUUUCGUCAUCAAUGGGCGGAGAGUUGACCAACAGAGGAAGUAGAUUGCAUGGAAUUUUCUACUUGGCAACUGCCAAUGGCCGACCGUUUGUAAACGAGUGUUGAUUAUUUCUAAUGCUACAUGUUAAUUUUAACUUUUUUAAUUAUCUUCGAUGAUGUUGAUGAGCGCUAUGAAAAUUCGUAUCUUUUGAAACAUUAUUUAUUUUUCAAAAUUUUUCUGUAACCUAUUUUUAUGUGAUACCUAUUUUUACAAAUAAAUAAUAAUUGUUUCUGAUUA